GCCUCUGUUCGGCUUUUAUCCGCAGCGUUUAGCGGCAAAUCCGGGCCGAACCGAGCCGAGCCGGGCUGAGGGAGAGCAGGAGGGUCGGUACGGAUGGAAAACCGGGACAACAUCGGACUAAAGGAGCAGAGGAAGGAGGUGAUGGAGGGAGGAGGAGGAGGAGGAGGAAGAGGAGGGCUGAUGUGAGUUGAUCAGCGGCAGGUCUGAUGGUGAUGAUGGUGAUGAUGAUGAUGAUGAUGAUGAUGGUGAUGAUGGUGUGAGUCAGACUUCGGAGGGUUCAGGAUCCUCACAGCCGCUCCGAAGUAGACAAACCCCGCAGACAAACACACGCAGACCGGGAGGAUCCGCUGAGACACGCCUACAGGUCAUUGAUCCACUGCAGCAGCUGGACUCCAGCUCCCAGAAUGCCUGAGCAGAGCAACGACUACCGGGUGGUGGUGUUCGGAGCCGGCGGCGUGGGGAAGAGCUCGCUGGUGCUUCGCUUUGUGAAAGGCACCUUCAGAGACACCUACAUCCCCACUGUGGAGGACACCUACAGACAGGUGAUCAGCUGUGAUAAGAGCGUCUGCACGCUGCAGAUCACCGACACAACUGGAAGCCACCAGUUUCCCGCCAUGCAGCGCCUCUCCAUCUCCAAAGGUCACGCCUUCAUCCUGGUCUACUCCAUCACCAGCCGCCAGUCACUGGAAGAGCUCAAACCCAUCUACCAGCAGGUUCUGGCCAUCAAAGGCACCGUGGAGUCCAUUCCCAUCAUGCUCGUGGGCAACAAGAGCGACGAGAUGGCCCAGCGUGAGGUGGAGACGAAGGAGGGCGAGGCUCAGGCCACCUCCUGGAAGUGUGCCUUCAUGGAGACGUCAGCCAAGACGAACUCCAACGUGAAGGAGCUGUUCCAGGAGCUGCUGUCCCUGGAGAAGAAGAGGGACAUGAGUCUGAGCAUCGACGGGAAGCGUUCGGGAAAAAAUAAAAGAGCCGACAAGCUGAAGGGGAAGUGCAGCAUCAUGUAGAGCGAUGGUGGCUGCACAGGACUCGCCGUAGAGGAGACACCAGAGGAAGCAGCACUUCUUCUUCUUCUUCUUUCGUGACUGUAAUCCGUCUGCGUGAAUACUGGAGCCUGGACGAACAAAAGAACAACUGGAAUAUUUAUAGCAGGGCCUCAGGAGGCUCCUGGCCUGAACUGGAAUGUGUUUGUGAUGCGAAAAUGUUCACAGAAAACAUUUUACCCACUCAGCUAACCGCUGCCACCAUUAACACUCACUCUGACAUUUAAAUAAAGAAAUACUUCACUGAUUUUAUUGAAUGAAUUUUGGACCAAAAGUCAGUCAAGUUACAGCCCAGCCCUGGUUUGUCCUAACAGACCAGAUCAAUCAUAAUUUUAGAUAGUAGCAGCAGAAACAGCUCUUUACAGUAUGCAGCUUAACCAUUAUGCUGUCAGAGCCACCAUUACAGCCCACAUGUCUGCUUUGUUCACUGCCCCCUAGUGGCAGAGGAGAGGAAGACCUUUUUCUGUCUAUAAGAAUUUUUAGGGCCUCCAAAUAGGUUUUAUCAGCAUCACCCAAAAUAAUAAGAAUUGGGAAUGAACAUAGUGUUUUUAACCAGUUUUGUUAGUGGAUCUUAUAAUUAUUCAGCAUACCAGGCAUCUUUGUUCAUCAAAUCAUCAGAAAUAAUAAAAUCCAGGGAUUUUUGUCAAAUAAGGUAACACAUUUAUUGCCUUUACUUUAGGAAGAUCAGUCAAGGUUGCUGUCACAUGUAGUUGCCCUCAAAUCAGAUUCUGAACCUGUAAACACCUUUUGGAUAUCUGCAAUCACAUCCUGUGAAAUUUUGGAAGUUUUUGCCCAUUGUUCAUGAAUUAAUUCAUUAAAAUCCUGCAGAUAAAAAGCAGUGAAGUAUUUCUUUAUCUACUGAGACUAACAGCAUCAUGAUUCCCUCCUCAGUGGUUGUGGCUGAUUGACGGGAUGUUCUCAGCACUGUCAUCAGACCAACGCCUACACAUGUACGAACUGCGUUUAAUCUCCACUUGAACGUACUCUGAAGACCUGAUGAACUGCAGUGGAAACAGCAGACUCUCACGUUUACAUAGCAGGAAACUUUAUCAAGCAAAGUUUUCAUGGAUACUGGAUAAAUGAUCUGUUUGCAUCAACAGACGGCUCCAAAGAAGCAUGCAGCUGUGAGAAAUGUACAUAUGAUUGAAAGGAACAGUCCAGAAUGUUGGAUUAUUCUGUCAGCUGUAGAUAGUUUCAUCUCUGUGUGUGUCUACUGCAAAGGUAGAUCCAGCCUAGCUUGACACAAAGACUGGAAGCACCAGUGAACUCUCAGCCCAGCUCCUAGCUCUGGCUGCAAUAAAUCAGGAGUUUUUGAGGGUACUUUUAUUAAUUACUUUCUAAUUUAUGUUAUUUGUUUCUUAUAAGCCUCUAGCAGCUGGAAUUGUAUGAUACAGACCUUAGUUUGAACAACUUGUUUACAUAAAUCCACACAUUAGAAGGCACAGAGAAUUUUGUUCUUAAUGUUGCUCUUAUUGCUAAAAAAAAAAAAAAAGAUUGAUAGGUCAGUGCUGGGCUACGUGUUUUUGUGAUCCCAGCCCUGCAAAGCAAAAAAAAUGUCCCAAUUUUUUUGUAAAUCAAGUUGUUUCAGCAUGAUUGGAAGGAGUCUUUUAUUGCUUUCGAUAGAGCAAAGCAACAAAACCGGUUAGCUGAGGAGAUAAAUACUGCUCUAAUGUGGUCCUGGUCAUGUGGAGACAUCUUGACGUUUAAAAAAGUUCCAUUCAAAGUUCAAUUCCAAAUUUAAUUACAAAGGACAUUUAUGAACCACAAUGAAAAACACAUUGACUAGAAGAGGACGAAUCUAAAUUAGAGACAAUAAAAUACUGUAUAAAGUAGGAUGGGUGGGGGAAUCAAUCAAUUAGUUGCUUGAUUUGUAAAAUGUCAGAAAAUGAAAUAUCACAAUUUUAGUCUCGUCAGACUUGGUUAACUUCCCCCAACAAAAGAUUUUUUUAAAGACCGUUUGAAAGUCGAAAAUGUGACACAUCUUUGUAUUUUACACUUUUAGUCUGAUAAAUCAAACCAAAGCAGGCUAUUGAGCUUACUGGGUGUCCUGACAUGUUAGUUCUCAUGUGUCAGGUGUGUAUUAAAAUUGUGAUGUUAAACUCUCCACUCCUGACGAUCCCACAGACGGAAAUUCAAUGUGAAUGACACUAAUAAUUUUCUAUUCUCAGAUGAAACUGCAUGCAAUAAGCAGUGACAGCUGUUUGUAUGUUUACGUUCGGUUAGACUUCCAAAUUUUCCUUACACAAUAGAAGCAUCACUGAGAAAUGCAACCGAUGGAAAAGCCCUAAAACCUUCCUUGUUUUGUGCUAAGCUGAGCUACAGACUUUGUGGACUUUUCUCUGCACUGAUAUUCAUCUUGUCAUCACAGCGAGCUGACUUCUACAUGUUGGACUGUUCCUUUCACUAACAGGAAGCUGCUUGAACUGUUGUCGUUCAUCUGAAAUGCCUUUCCUACAUUCUACUUGACAGUUUUGUAAAUGACCUGAUUGUAAGUGAGCUUAAAACUUCAAAAAGCACAAACACUAAUCCUUCUCAGAUGGGCUCGUGUUGUUUACAUGUCAGUGUGUCCACGCUGAUCACAUGUGUGUGUUGCACUUUUGGAAGAAGCUGUGUGUUUAAUUUUACUGUAAAAAGCUCUUUGUUACUUUUUCUUUCUGUUAGUAUCACUCUGGCUUUAGCAAUAUUAAAAAUGGCUGCUCUUUGUAUGCAGAAACUGUCUCAGAAAUCUCUGUCAGCGGUUUAAUGGAUGUAUAUUUACUGAGAUGAUUCUUUCACCUCGACACUGUAAAAAAAAUAAAUGUUAGAUUUACUUCA